AUGCCGCGCAGAUCCGGACCCCCGACUAAAAGGCGUCCAGCAUUCGUAGGGUCCACGCUGGUCAUUGCUUCGGGAAAAGGUGGGGUUGGCAAAUCCACAGUUGCUGUCAGCACCGCACUCAGUCUCGCCAAGCUAAGCCCGGGCAGUACAGGUUUGGGACGGAGCUUGCGCGUAGGCCUGCUCGACUUGGACAUCUUUGGGCCGAGUGUUCCAAAGCUCAUGGGGCUCGACAAAGCUGGCGAGCCAAGACUGAGCAAGAAUGGUCAGCUCGUGCCAUUGACCAAUCACGGGAUCCCCACAAUGUCCAUGGGCUACCUUUUGCCACCUUCGCCGGACACGGGCUCAGCAUCAGAUGCACCCAUCGUAUGGAGAGGUCUAAUGGUACAAAAGGCCACACAACAGCUGCUCUUCGAUGUAGACUGGAGGGGAGAGCAAGGCGGACCUGAAGCUGAGGAAGGCGCAGGCGGUGGCUCGGGGCUCGAUGUGCUCGUCAUAGACACUCCUCCUGGCACCGGAGAUGUCUUGCUCAGCCUUACUCAGCUAAUGAUCAUUGACUCUGUGGUGAUUGUGAGCACGCCGCAAGACGUUGCACUCAUAGAUGCACGAAGAGGGGUGCGGAUGUUCGAGAAGUGCGGCGUACAAGUUACUGGAAUGGCAUUGAACAUGUCACAUUUGGAAACCGGGAUGGCAAGCGCUGCUCCCCUCGAAGUGUUUGGAUCCUCCGCGUCUUUCGACAAGCUCGCACAGGAGCUCCAAGUACCCGUUCUUGGCAGAAUACCCAUCGAGUCCAGCAUCGCAUCGGGUGGUGAUAGAGGCCAGCCUGGAGUGCUGCAAAACCCUUCUCCCUCGGUCGAAUCACACGCAGCUGCUCCUUCAGCGCCGCGCGUCUUUGCUACGAUGGCGGAAGCCGUUUGGAGAGACAUCCAACGAAAGCGCAGCCUGGGCGGCGGUUGA